AGAAUUGGUACCAUUCAUAAUAUAAUACAAACAUCCCAUUACAUUAAACACAAGUAAAGCUGAACAAGGUGAAUGCCAGAAUCAUAUGGAUAAAGAUCGAACAGAAAGUAAACUCUGGAGAGACGACGACAUACGAUGUCGUCGGCGGAGAACUUGCAUAGAGCGCAGCACUGAUGCUAUCAUCCUUAGAGGCUCUCAACCUGUCACCUCUAUUGUGACAAUCAGACUGCCAUACAUAUUGGAAACAAUCUUGUUUUUCACCAGAGAACCAAAACAUAUCGAGCUGGGAUUUCCUUGAAAGGAGGCGGUAGUUUCCUUUCAAUAAAAAGUAAAAGCCAUCAACUAUGACCGCUGUCCUAACGGAGGAACCAGAUCUUCUCUGAAAUAUCGUCGUCGGACGUGGACCAAUCAGAAGCCAAAGGACUCUGAAAAGUCAUUGAGAUUCUGGUCUUUCCGUAUUUCGCUAUUUCCACUCUCUCUGUCCUUAACUCUUAAGUCUGGCUACAGAAAAAAGAACCCUUUAAAUAAAGCAAACGGGAAACGUGAACUCUGGGCGUUUAGGUUUAGGGGCGAAGAUAGACUUGAGACAGCCGUUCGCACGGUCUAUCGCGCUUUCUUCACUGAACUCCUGUCGGAUCUCCUCUUCGCGUGGACGUCCUUUCAGGGUUUGAUACCACACUAGUAGGAGAAGAGCGUAGCAGAAACCGCAUAAAUACGAUCCUGCAUCUGCUGUUGUUAGGGUCAACUCAGUUUUCCAGCCAUCAAUCAUGUUUGGUCGGGCCCCUAAGAGGAGUGAUAAUUCCAAGUACUAUGAUGUUCUUGGUGUCUCUAAAAGCGCAAGUCAAGAUGAACUGAAAAGGGCAUAUAAAAAAGCUGCCAUAAAGAAUCAUCCUGACAAAGGUGGAGAUCCUGAGAAGUUCAAGGAGUUGGCUCAUGCUUAUGAAGUUCUGAGUGAUCCUGAGAAAAGGGAAAUCUAUGACCAGCAUGGUGAAGAUGCUCUUAAAGAAGGCAUGGGUGGAGGUGGCGGCGGCAUGCAUAACCCAUUUGACAUAUUUGAUACAUUUUUUGGUGGAGGAGCUUUUGGUGCAGGCGGUAGCUCGAGAGGAAGAAGGAAAAAACAAGGUGAAGACGUGGUGCAUGCUUUGAAGGUCUCCUUGGAGGAAUUGUACAAUGGGUCCACUAAGAAACUCUCUCUUUCUAGAAGUGUUAUGUGCUUAAAAUGUAAAGGGAAAGGUUCUAAGAGUGGAGCUUCUGGGACUUGUUUUGGAUGCCAAGGCACUGGUAUGAAAGUUACAAUGCGACAAAUUGGGCUGGGCAUGAUUCAGCAGAUGCAACAUAUUUGUCCUCAAUGCAAAGGCUCAGGUGAGGUGAUCAGUGAUAAGGAUAAAUGCCCACAGUGCAGAGGGAAAAAGGUAACACAGGAGAAGAAGGUGAUGGAGGUGCAUGUUGAAAAAGGAAUGCAAAAUGGACAGAAAAUUGUGUUUGAGGGGCAAGCCGAUGAAGCUCCUGAUACAAUUACAGGAGACAUUGUCUUUGUCUUGCAAGUGAAGGAACAUCCAAAGUUUAAGCGGAUAUAUGAUGAUCUUAGAGUAGCACACACCCUCAGCUUAACAGAGGCUCUCUGUGGAUUUCAGUUUGCCAUAACUCAUCUUGAUGGCAGGCAGCUCCUGAUCAAGUCAAACCCUGGAGAGAUCAUAAAACCUGGUCAAGCCAAAGCAAUCAAUGACGAGGGAAUGCCUCAAUACCAAAGGCCUUUCAUUAAAGGGAAGCUAUAUAUUCUUUUCAAUGUGGAGUUCCCAGAUUCAGGGUUUGUCAGCCCUGAUCAAUGCCGAAAGCUGGAGGCAAUACUCCCCCCAAGGCCAAACAAACAGCCAUCAGACAUGGAGCUGGAUGACUGCGAAGAGACUACCUUGCAUGACGUCAGCUCCGAGGAGGUGAAUAGGAGGCAGCAACAGCAGCACCGGCAGCGUGAGGCAUAUGAUGAAGAUGACGAUGAUGAUGAACAAUCAAUGCCUCGAGUGCAGUGUGCCCAGCAGUAGGCCAAACAUAAAUUUUUUGGCCGGCAUCUUAUCUGAUUCCCAGGUGGGCUGACGCUCUUAUGCAGUUGUAUCAGCAGUUUUUUUAGUUACCAUUCUAUAAUAUUAUGAUGGUGUGAUUUGUUAUUUUAUCAAAGAGCUUGUGCUAUUUAUAGUUUUAGAGUUUUGUAAGGUUAAAUUGCUCUAAUACAAGCAGAUAAAGAAAUCUUGUAAGACGCUACUAGACAAGAUUGUUGUUAAAUGAGUUGGUUGGUUGAAUGUUAGUUAUUUUUAAUUAAAUUAUGUUACCAAC